CUACAAGUCGCGGACAUAUGACGUAAUGGAGGGCGCCAACCCGCCAACAUAUUUUUCAAAGGGAAGAUUAUCCCGUCUGCUUUUAUUUUCCAAAUAAAUCAACCUUCUAGUUUAUUUCAUAGAAGUUCGUGUAACAAAUACCUGAAAGGUAUUAUCUUACCGACAUUUGUAUGGUGUUUUAUGUGUUUUCUCAAGUUUCAGAGGCAAACACUGUUGCCACGGUUACCGAAGACACUCUUGAGUCUACUGGGAUAUGUAGCUCAAAGGGUCAGAAUUUAUGGGAGGUUAGGCAGUUGUUUUCCAUCAUUACCCACAUUUCUUCACUUUGAAGCACGAAGGUAGCAAGCCUUUCAGCUCAAGUUUUGCUCUGUAGUAUCAAAAACAGUGAAUUAUUUUUUCGCGUAUGUAGUCUGGAAAUUAAGUAAGAUUUAGGCUCACUUUGUGCCAUUCAGAGGCUUUUAUUGUGGUGAUAAUGGCAUCCUCAGGUCAGCCGUUCAGGAUGAAAGGGCUCCUGUCCGACAAGGUAUCUGUGAAGAAGAAUAAUGACACUGAUCAGUGGAGAAAGCGAGUGUUAAAAGCUUCUGAGUUUGCUGUAUCCGAAGUCUUCUCCCACAAAAAAACGCAUUCAGGAAACAGCAGGCUGGCUGCACCUUUGCAAAGCCUCGACCAGUUUACAGAUCACGAUGAUGCGUACAGCGAAGCUCAGGCUCUUCUUGGUGACUGGUUGGGGACUAAAUUGCGAUUGGAGCUGGAGAUGGACGAUGAAGACGACCCGAGAAACACCGCUGAAAAUACCCAACCUGCUGCUUUUGCCCACAACUACAGCAGUUUUGAUGAUCUGUAUGCCCGCCUGGCUGAAGAAGAAGAGCAGUCUGUCGUUAACAGCUUCCUACAAAACCUAACGGAGCAGGAGCUGCUAGACUCCAGGAUGGUGAAGGAACUCUCUCUCAAUGAUGGAGAAAUCAGGAAAAAGUUCAUAAACCCAGUAGUUACCAUGGAAGCAAGGCACCAACAGGUGCGGGAGAACAGACUACGAUGGGACGCUGAAAGGAAGAAACGGCUGAUGGAAAAGGAGGCCAGGAAGGAGGCAAAGAGGAGGGAGUGGGAGGAGGAGAUGAAAAAGAAGCAAGAGGAAUGUAGGGAGGAGAAGAUGGUGCAGAAGGAGAUGAUGAAACUACGGCGUCAGAUGGAGGAGAGGAGAGGGCUUGAACGUCGAGUUCGACAGAGAGAAAGAGAACAGGAAGUGCAAAAGGAAGUCAGGAGUGCUCAACCAAUCCCAAUCCCUCCCACAAAACAAAAGCAUCUAAAGGAAUCCCAUCAACAACUUGAGCAAAACAUUCAAACUCUGAUUCACAUGAGCAAAUUAAAGUGUUUGCACAGACACUUUUCUGGGUGGCACUCAGUAGUGUUGGACAAAAAGUUAUGUAUGGACAAGGUGGUGGCUCUUUGUAAUUGGAGGAGGCGGCUGAAGGCCUGGCAAGCUUGGCGAUCGCUGGUGUGGGCGGCGCAUAGGCAGCGAGAGGUGGCGAGAACAGAGGAGGCGCUGCGAAAAGAAAACAGACAAACGCAGCUCGCUGCAGAAAGUGACCGAAGGCGGUUGUUACGGCGAUGUCUGGGUGAGUGGCAGCUAUGGUGUCGGACGGAGAAGGCCCGACGGGAGCUUUUUGCUCGACAACAGGAGACCAAAGAAAAGAUGGCUGCUGUGUCUGUAGGAAAACUCACGGUUGCAGAAAAUUCUGCCGAUCCACUGAAAACUGCCCCACUAGAGGAGAUGGGUCACCAAAUGUCAGAUACGUACGCUCCUGAUCCCUUGGCAGUGCAUCAGGAUAAACCUUCUUCAGGUACAGAUUUCCUGCCCUCUCAGCCAUGGCAGGUGACCCGACGUCACGUAGCCCCCACCGCUGCAGAGCUCCUUGAGGCACGGCGAAUCGCAGAAAGCGACGUUUUGGCCAGUAAAACAAGAACAGUGUCAUCAGCUGGCAGGUUUGAGAACAGACACGCCGUCCAGCAGCAGAUCAUCAUGCAGCAGAGGAAACUGCUAAAGGAGCAGCAGGAGCAAAUCACACGUCUAAAGGAGAAGCAGAGCAUGAUGGGUCUUGAGCUGGAAAUUGAGAAAACUUCACAGCUCACACAGCUGUCAGUGCUGAGAGGCUCCCGACCAAUGAGCUGCAGCGUUGACCCAAAGGAGCAGAGAGCACCGACGGCUCCAGCAGAACCUGAUAGCCAGAAAGAACCUUCGAGGAAAGCUGUCUCAAGGCAGACGUGCCCCCAUCCUAUCAUCACAGCCAUGGAAGCUCGCGCACGACGGCGAGCAGAGCAAAGAAAGGAGAUCGAGGAACUCAAAAGAAAGAAAGAGGAAACAAAGCUGGCUGAGAUGAAAGCUGCUGAGGAGCAAAGGCAAAGGGAGGAAGAGGAGGAGAAACGCCAGGCGGCAGAGAGGAAGAGGGAGGAGAAGAGGCUGGAGAGACAGAGGGAGGAGGAGAAGCAGAGGCAGCGGGAGCGGCAUCAGGAGCUCAUGAGGCUGGCCCAUCAACACUACAGCACAACCUUGUUGUCACGUCGAGGCCUGGUGCCAUGGAAACGCCUCAUUCAGUUAAAACAAGCCAGCGUGGAGCUGGCUGAGAAUCACCACCGCCUCAACGUCCUGAAGCGAUGCAUUCUGGGAUGGCAGCAGCACACAAGAGAGUCUGUAUCUGAGAAAGAGGCUCGUGCUGAUCGAUUUUAUCAACGCUUUCUGCUGCAGAGGAGCUUAAACUGCUGGAAAAGAAUGCGAGACAUGCGAAGGAUCCAGGAGGAGCAGGCAGAUCAUUUUUAUCGUAAACACACUCUGCGGAGGGUUCUGCUCGGACUUCUGGACCACGUGACCCAGGAGAGGCUGGUGGAGUUGGACAGUCAAAACCUGGCUCAAGAGCACAAUGACAGACGGAUUCUGCUAAAGACUCUCCAGGCCUGGAGGCAGCUUCCAAGCGUGCUGCGCAGCGAACGGCGGCGGGACAAGCGCCGGGAGAAGCUGAGCAGGAAAGUUGCAGAGGUUUUACCCGAUUUCUGCUCCCGUCCAACGUAAAGCCUCCGAGAGAAACGGCACAAGGGAACACAGAAACGUGACUCUGGAGGGAAAAGACGAUGAAGCACCAGCUUACUUUUCACUUUUAUUAAAUAAAUAACUUUGUUCAUAGAAAAUCCACAAACACAGAACACAAACUAAACAAUCAUCAAAAAAGGCUAUAAAACUAAUUAAAGACUAAAUAAAUAAAUUCUAAAUCAUAUUUUUGUGUGUACGGAUUUGUUUGAAAGCUUAAACUAGGCAAAAUAACUAAUUAUAUUAAUGCAAAUGACUGUUAUAGCAUAUAAAUUAGCACAGAGGAGUUUGCAAUGCAAAGAAGGUGCAAUAAAUAUAAGUAAUUAAGUGUCUUCUGAUUGUUGACGUUGGUUAUGAGAAUGAACCAACAGAUAUUGGAAGUUUAUUCAAGUUUUUCUUGCUUGCAGCGGUCCACCGAGACACUAGACCAUAGCAGAGACAUGAAGUCAGUCUUUAUGUCCACAGGAGGACCGCCAGAGUGAAGGAAGCGGUCUGAAACUGUUAAUAUGAGACACAGUGCAGCUCCAGCCCAACGCUGCCAUCUAGUGGGUAGAAACUGAAAUGCAGCAGCAAACAGUCACACUAAAUCAGCAGGAGAAGCAGGCUUCAGCUUGUCUCCCAUGGAGAUGAACUCAGACCAGUUCCCACGCAGGCCUUGAGUAUAAACGCCCGUGUCCACAACGAGUCCCCAGUAGGCGCUGCGGGCGGUCUUCUCCCUCAGGGCGGCGCGGGCCUCCCGCUCCGUCACGUUGUGGCUGAUGUUGAUGAGUUGAACUAAAAGCAAAUGGAGCAGCCCACCAGUCACCAUGCUACUGUACCAUGCACAGGUGAAACACAACGCAGUGCUGGAGAACACACAAGAGAACAUGCAUCACCAAUAGUCACUGUAAAACUGAAUAUGUUCCGUUUUGCAGUAAAUGAUGUCUGAGCAGCUCAAAGGGGCCAAUUCUCAAAUACUGGAACUAAAAACUCCCUCAAAAAAAGGGUUUUGAUGAAGUCUUAAAACAAUAUCUGAAAGCUGACAUAACAGACGAGAACUUCACUGAAAAACGAGUAUCAAAACUCCCCAUGACGUCUCAGUUCGAACAGCGUCUCUCAGCUAUUUAAGGAACAGAAAUCUGCUCUGCUGGAGAAAUAUUCUGCUUCCAUUCGCUCUUUCUGCACCAGGACAUGUUUCCUUUAGAUAGAGAACACAGCUGUGAGUGGAAAGAAAUGUGUUUCACAGUUGAUUAGGAUCAAUAUCACUUUCAAGAUUAAUGUUUCAGAUUGUAAAAUUCAGCUUUUU